AUGCCUCUUUGUGACAAAGUGGAGGCAAAUUUCCUGGAAAAAAAUAUCACUGCCAGUGAGGCUCUGAAGCAGUACCACGAACGUGCGAGGAAUCGGGCACCUGUACUAGGGUCCUUCUCAGCUAGUACUCACAUGGAGUCACCGUCUGUACUGAGCCCCAAGCUAAGCUGUCAGCAGGUCGAAUGGGACUUUGGUGCAAACGAAAAUGUGUGUGAAACACGUGAACUAAUUCUUUUGUCAGAAGAGUGUUCACAUGUUUGCGGCGCAUUCUUUGAAGAAGCAGAAACGUGUUGUGGUUCCUUCCUUCCGCGUGGUGGCAUGACUCUUGCUCUCACCGCGCUGUGGCGCGUGAAUGUCUCGGAACUCUUUAAGGCACCUACGCACGGACUGUUCUCGUCGCACCAGGAAAAUUGA